CGCACACGACUCAGUGCUGACCUGAUACUGGCGUCUUGCUGCGACUGUCGGGCACUGAGCAAAGGAAUGUAGAGACAGACAGUCGGUACUGACCCAGGGCAAACAGGAGCGACUUUACCGAGUAACUGCAGGAGAUAUUCCCGGACUGGAUCCCGACACACCGACCCAGGAGGGAACCGAUCGGAAUUAACAUGAGACCGGAGCGGAUUGUGCCCGUACUUACCCUGCUGCUCAGCAAUGUGUUUAUUGCCCUACAGACCAAGGAGGUGGUUCUGCUGGAUUUCGAGAAGACUCAAGGAGAACUGGGCUGGCUCACCCAUCCAUAUGGCAAAGGGUGGGACCUGCUGCAGAACGUAAUGAACGGCAGUAUGAUCUACAUCUACUCGGUGUGUAACGUGCAGGAGGGGGAGCAGGACAACUGGCUGCGCACCAAUUGGAUCUACCGGAGCGAAGCGCAGCGCAUCUUUGUGGAGCUGAAGUUCACGGUGCGGGACUGUAACAGCUUCCCCGGGGGCUCCGGCACCUGUAAGGAAACCUUCAACCUCUACUCCCUGGAGUCCGACAUCGAUUACGGGACCAACUUCCAGAAGCGCCAGUUCCGCAAGAUCGACACGAUCGCCCCCGAUGAGAUCACGGUUCAGGCCGACUUCGCGUCGCGCAACGUUAAAGUCAAUGUGGAAGUGCGCUCGGUGGGGCCGCUGAGUCGCAAAGGCUUCUACCUGGCCUUCCAAGACAUCGGGGCCUGCGUGGCGCUGCUCUCUGUGCGCAUUUACUACAAGAAAUGCCCGUCGGUGGUGCAGGGGAUGGCGCAGUUCCCAGAGACAGUCGCUGGUACCGACUCCCAGUCUUUGGCAAAGGUGUCGGGCCAAUGUGUGAAUAACGCCGUGUCGGCCACUGGAGAGGUUCCCACAAUGCACUGCAACACUGACGGGGAGUGGCUGGUACCCAUCGGGCACUGUCUGUGCCAACCUGGCUAUGAGAAAGUCGGAGACACCUGCCAAGCUUGCAAGCCAGGAUUCUUUAAGUCGGAAACCUCCAACGGACCCUGCCUGCCCUGCCCGGAUCAUACAGAACCGACCAGUCAGGCCGCUACUUUCUGCCCUUGCAAUGAUGGGUUCUUCCGUGCCACCUCUGACUCCAACUCUGCCCCCUGCACCAGUUUCCCAUCUGCCCCCCGUGACUUCACGGCUGUUGACAUGGGCUCCAAGGUGGUGCUGCGCUGGUUGCCCCCCAGCAACUCCGGGGGCCGCAGUGACAUCACCUACACGGUGACGUGCGAGAAAUGCCCCCCGGAGACUGGCGACUGCGUUCCCUGCGACAAUAUCCGUUACUCCGAGACCCCCCGGGACCUGAAAGGCACCACCAUCUCCAUCAUGGACCUGGAGCCUCAUCUCAACUACUCCUUCACCGUCGAGGCGCGGAAUGGCGUUUCUGCUUCCGGCUCCAGUCGCAGCUACGCAGCUCUACGGAUCAGCUUGAACCAGACUGAACCCCCCAAAGUCACCUCCGUAAUCCUGGAGAACCAGGGGACCAACUCCCUCGGCCUGUCCUGGUCAGUGCCGGCCCGGCAGCAGAGCCGCGUAUGGAAGUACGAAGUCACCUAUAGCAAGAAGCACGACGGCAACAGUUACUCGGUGCAGCGGUGCGAGGGCAAUGCCGUCACGCUCGUGAAACUUGCGCCGGGAACCACCUAUGUCGUCCGGGUGCAGACGCUGACGCAGGAGGGAGUCGGGAUUUACAGCAAAGACUACGAGUUCGAUACUCUGCUCGGUGAGGAAAACUCCAAUAACGCCGCAGUCAUCGGUGGCGCCAUCGCCGGCUCCUUGUUAAUCGUCGUCUUCGUGGCCGUCAUCAUCUUCAUGCACAGAAGCCGCAGGAACCCCAAUACGCGCCAGAGCGACGAGGACAUCUACUUCUCCAAACCCGAGCAACUGAAACCCCUAAAGACCUACGUGGACCCCCACACGUACGAGGACCCCAACAAGGCGGUGCUGAAGUUCACCACCGAGAUCUCGCCCAACUCCAUCACGCGGCAGAAAGUCAUCGGCGCAGGCGAAUUCGGGGAGGUGUUUAAGGGAAUCCUGAAGCUGCCGGGGAAGAAAGAAGUCCCGGUCGCCAUUAAGACUUUGAAGGCCGGUUACACGGAGAAGCAGCGCAUCGACUUCCUCAGCGAGGCGAGCAUCAUGGGACAGUUCUGCCACCAUAACAUUAUCCGCCUGGAGGGCGUGGUCUCCAGAUACAAACCAAUGAUGAUCGUUACGGAACACAUGGAAAACGGAGCCUUAGACAAGUUCCUAAAGGAUAACGACGGGGAGUUCUGCCCCAUUCAGCUGGUGGGAAUGCUCAGGGGCAUUGCCGCCGGGAUGAAGUAUCUCUCCGAGAUGAACUACGUGCACCGCGACUUGGCCGCUCGGAAUAUUCUGGUGAACAGCCAGCUGGUGUGCAAAGUGUCGGAUUUUGGCCUCUCGCGGGUGCUGGAGGAUGACCCCGAGGCCACUUAUACCACUAGCGGGGGCAAGAUCCCAAUCCGCUGGACGGCCCCGGAAGCCAUCUCUUACCGGAAGUUCACCUCGGCCAGUGACGUGUGGAGCUACGGGAUCGUCAUGUGGGAAGUGAUGUCAUAUGGGGAGCGGCCUUACUGGGAAAUGUCCAAUCAGGAGGUCAUGAAGGCCAUUAACGAGGGUUUCCGACUCCCGGCACCCAUGGACUGCCCGUCGGCCAUCUACCAACUAAUGAUGCAGUGCUGGCAGCAGGAGCGCAACCGCCGGCCCAAGUUCCCCGAUAUCGUCAGCAUCCUGGACAAACUGAUCCGAGCCCCCGACUCUCUCAAGACAUUGGCUGAUUUCGACCCAAGGAUCUCCAUUCGCUUGCCCAGUACCAGCGGGUCGGAAGGGAUGCCAUUCAGAACCAUCGCAGAGUGGCUGGAGUCCAUCAAGAUGCAGCAGUACAACGAGUUCUUCAUGGCUUCCCCCUAUAACUCCAUGGAUAAGAUCAUCCUCAUGAACCAAGACGACAUCAAGCACCUGGGCAUCCGGCAAACCGGGCACCAGAAACGCAUCGCAUUUAGCAUCCUGGGACUGAAGGAGCACGCCAGCACCAUGGGCAUCCCCAUCUGAGGGCCAAUGAGAGCCGGCCGUACGUGUAACCAUGGCAAUAUCCUCCAUCCGAGGACCAACAGGCUACGUCUUUAUUGCCUUGGCGUUGGCAGGGACCCACCCCCUCUGCGGACCCCCCCACACAAACUGAGCAUACUUGAAGUGUAAAACCAGCGGGGAGCCAUAGUUAUAUAUAGUGGCUUCCCCCCCCCUGCUGACAGGCACAUGGACUCUUCCACCUGUGGUGCUUCAAUGGGGGUUCAUUGCACUUUCUAAAAUGCACAGGGGGGGCAGGAUGAACUGCCAGUGGAGGGACCCCGUGACCUCCCCCCAUGACGGACCGAUGCUGCUAUGGGCGAGGGACAGCCGCCCGGCGGAUGAGAAAUUUAAAGCAACGACGCUGCUUUCUCAUUGGCCGGAAGCUGCGGAGCUGAAACGCGGACUGUCCAAAGGCAGCGCCUUCGCCCGGACUUGGCAGAGCACUUUGUGUUUAUACUUAUGGAGAUUAAUGAAGUGACACUCGGACCCCCCCCCCCCCCCUUAGGACUCCCAGAUACCCCCUGAGCUGCGGGAGAUGUGAAACAUCUGGCCGGGGGGGGGGGUGAUAAAUUUCAGGACAUUCCCAGUAAAUUCCCAGCUUGGCAGCGGCACAGUCGCUCGGUGCCUUUUUAUUGUAUUUAUAGACUUUAUACUGUGUUUAUUUUAGCCUUGGUACCAGAACGGCAAUGGCGGAGCGGCCAACGACCAAUCCCGCUCCUCCCCGCCCCAUUUAUAUCAACAUUAAAUGUAUAUUCUGUUUAGGAAACACUUUGCAAUUGGUCUUUCUUUUUUACAAUCUUUUACAUUCUUUUUGUAUAGCUUUUUAGUUACCGGGGGUUACUGACCUUAGCAACAGUGGGGUCAUUUUCUAAUAUAUAUAUAUAUACAUAUAAAAAUCAAGACCAAUUGCAAAGCUGCUUGGAUUACUCCUCAGUGAACUCCCCAGAGAAAUACAACAAGGGUUGUGGGAGGAUGCUGGGAAAUGUAGUUCCAGGCAGUGAUUUCCUGCUUCGUUUACACAGUCGGCCAAUGGUGCUCUGCUGGCUGCAGAAUUAAAUCUCCCAGAAUCCAUUGGGCCAACUAAUCUGGCUGGGGCUGCUGGGAAAUGUAGUCCCGCCAUGGCUGGAGGUUUUUCCGUCUUUCCGUUAUAAUAUUUUGCUUUGGCAUUUAAUGGCAUUUAGUUAUUUGUUCCUAAUAAUUUGGAUUCAUGUUAAUAUUUCCAAGUGCCUUCUUCCCCCCCCCCCCCCGAGCUUCCUCAUCCUCAUUGUGCCCCGCCCCUUUCUUUCUAAUUUAUUUCUGUGCCUUUCUGUACGUAGGACGGUGCCUCGCUCAGUGUUAAUGUUCUUUAUGCCAUAAUUAUUUAUUUUUGUAUAUUUAUUGAUAGAAUGUCGGUUAUCUGUUUCUCCGAAAUAAACCCGCACAUUAGUUUUUCAGAGUAAA